AUGUCUAAGAUCAUAAAUAUGACGUCCUCAGCAACAAAAAUAGUUAAUAUAUCCAAUUAUGCAUUAGAGCUGUCAAACAUUCCAAAUGAAUUCAAAUUGAAUGGUCGGAGAUUACUCCAAUGGUAUCAAUUAAUUAAGGUGAUUCUUAUAGGAAAAGAUAAAUUAGAUCACCUCUUAUAUCUAGCACAUGAAUCAAGUGAUCUUGAAUUAAGGGUAUGGAAGAAAAAGGAUGCUAUAAUCAAGUUAUGGCUUUGAAACACAAUGACCCUAGAGAUCGAUACACAUUAUCUAUUUCUUCCAACUGCAAGAGACAUUUUGGAGAAAGCUAACAAGGUUUUUUUAAAAGAACAUGAUGGAGCCCAAGUUUUUCAACUUAUGUCUAGUGCUAUGAGUCUAAAGCAAGGCAUGAAAUUAGUGAGAGAAUAUGCAAAUAAAUUAUAGUCUUUAUGGCUUAAAAUUGAUCGAUAUAGACCAAUUAUUACUAGAGAUCCGUUGGAUGCAAUUUUUUUCAAAAAAUAUAUUAAGAUUGAUCAGAUUUACAAAUUUUUCAAUGAUCUUAAUCUUGAGUAUGUUCAAAUUUGUGCACAAAUGUUAAGAAGAGAAAAAAAUUCACAUCUCAAAGAAGUCAUUGCAUUAGUGAGAAAUGAGAAAAGUAGGAGUCUUAUGGUAGAGUCAAAACUAUGAAUAACUCUGCAUUUAUGGUUAAGCACAAAGAAGGAAGAGGCCAAAAAUAACAACCAAGUUUAGGAGUAGCAAAAAGAUAACCUAUGAUGCACCUACUGCAAGUGGAAACAACACAUUCAUGAAAGAUGCUACUGACUUCAUGGGCAACCUUAAUCAAGAGGUCAAGUUCAUCUUGCCACUAUGUCGACUUUAGAUGGAGUGGCAACUUUGGAGACUAACUCUUUUGGAGUGCUGGCAGGACUAAAUGCUGAGAUUGAUAGGCUUGCAUCAACUUUGGAGGUUAAUAUUGGAAUUUAUUUUUACUUAUAAUCCUUGUCCAAGUAGUAGGAAAGUGGCCACAACUGAUGGAUCUUUGAUUUUUGUAGUGGGCAUAGGUAAUGUGAAAUUGAUUCUUUCAAUAUCAUAAAAAAUGUAUUUCAGGUCCUUAAGUUUUAUACAAAUCUAAUAUAUGUUAAGAAAUUAAUAGAUGAUAUAAAUUGUAGGGUGACUACUGAUAGUGAUGUAAAUGACAAGGUGAUGAACAAGAGGAUUGCAUGUGCUGAAGAGUGUGGCGGCCUCUGUCGCCUUAUGACCUUAAGGCAAGCUUACAUGACACACUUGUAAUUUCCAUCAAGACGUAGAGAUGAGGAACAUAUUGCACCUAAGGAGGUUUUGUUAUAUCAUCAUCGUCUUAGUCAUCCUUCCUUUGAGAUAUUAAAACUUUUAUUUCUAAAAUUAUUUUCAAGGUUUAAUGUUGAUGGAUUUAAAUGUGAUGUGUAUGAAUUUGCAAAACAUAGAAGAACAUUUUUUCCCAUGAGCAACUCAUGUAGUUCCUUUCCAUUCUCACUCAUCCAUAGUGAUGUGUGGGGACCCUCAUCUCCUCCUAAUAUUUUAUGAGCACAAUGGUUUGUGACAUUUAUAGAUGAUUAUUCAAGAACUACAUGGGUUUAUCUACUAAAUGACAAAUUAGAAGUGAUAAAAGUAUUACAAUAAUUUUGUUCACUGAUUAAUAAUCAAUUUGAGACAACAAUCAAAACAUUUAGAUCAAAUAACACUCAAGAUUACUUUAAUCACACUAAAAAUGAAUUCUUUUAAAGAGAAGGAAUUAUUCAAGAAUCUUUCUAUGUCAACACUCACAACAAAAUGAUGUGGCUGAAAGAAAGAAUCUACACUUAUUAGAAGUAGCUAGAACACUUUUAUUCCAAAAUGGGGUACUAAAAAUCUUUUGGAGAGAAGUGAUAUUAACUGCCGUCCAUCUCAUCAAUCGGUUACCAACAAGAGUCUUAGAAUUUAAAGGCCCAUUAGAUGUUCUUUUGUCCUAUUACUCACAUGUUAAAUUAAGAACAAAUUUAAUUUCUAGGGGUUUUGGAUGUGUGGCAUAUGUCCACAAUCAAGAUCAAGCUAAAGGAAAGCUUGACCCCAGAGCAUUGAAAUGUGUUUUUGUCAGAUAUUCAAACACUAAGAAAUGACAUAAUGUUAUCAUCCUUCAUCAAAGAAAUAUUUUAUUUCAAUUGAUGUAACCUUCAAUGAGUAUGAAUCAUUUUUUAGCACUAAACAUAUUUUUCUUGAAAGGAUGUUAUAUCUAAGGAUGUUGAUGGAGAUCAAAAAGUUGGAAACUUUCUAUUACCAUUACCAACUCUUGAUGAGACUUCAACCAUUCUAAUGUUGGAAGACACUACACCUAUAGUGACUCAAGAAAAGAUCUAAUAAGACAUAGAUGAACCUUCAAUAUUAGAAAACAACCAAGAAGAUCUACCUAUAUCUCUUAGAAAAGGGACAAGAAAAUGUUCUAGAAAUCCUAAUAUCCUAUUUCUCAAUUCAUGUCAUUUAGGCAUCUAUCUUCAUCUUAUAGAAAAUUUAUCACCUCUCUCAAUUCAGUAAUCAUUCUAUCAAAUGCCACUGAGGCAUUAUCUCAUAAAGAAUAGAAUAAAGCAAUGGAUGAAGAGGUGGAAGCAUUAGAAAAGAAUAAAACCUGAGAGUUAGUUAAGUUACCACAAGGAAAAAAAUCAGUUGAGUGUAAAUGGGGGUAUGUCAUCAAAUAUAAGGCUGAUGGAACCAUAGAGAGAUAUAAGGGUAGAUUAGUUGUCAAAGGAUACACCCAAACCUAUGGUAUAAAUUAUUUAGAAACCCUUGUUUUAGUUGUAAAAAUGGAUACAAUUAGAAUUCUUCUUUCUUUAGCUGCUAAUUAUGAUUGGGACAUACAACAAUUUGAUGUGAAAGAUGAUUUUGUUCAUAAAUAA